AUGCCGGGGACAUGGAGGGGACUGGGGACCCGUGCAAAGGACCCAAGGGCUUCCCCGGGCCGCUUCGGCCAGAGGGGCCCUGUAGAUGGGUAUGAGGGGACUGUAAUUGAGCGGGAAGGCGGAGACAGAGGAUGUGGGGACGAUCCAGCCUACCAGGAGGAGCACUGGAUACAGCCUCUGUACCUAGCUGGGGGGAAGGUGGCUGUGGCAUCAGUGGCGGACGAGCUGGUGAAGGUGCAGGUGGCGCUGAGCAACAUCGCCGGCAAGAGGGAGAGGAUCAAAAUCCUGUUUAAGAAAAUUGAAGAUGUAAUCAAAUACCUCGACCCUCAGUACAUCGACAGGAUGGCUGUUCCAGAUGCCAUGAAGCUGCAGUUCAUCUUGGCAGAGGAGCAGGUUAUUCCUUCCCGAGCAGCACUUCUGGAGCAGGUGAACAACCUCCAGCCCAUCUUGGACAGUACCAGUAUCCAAGCGGUUCCUGACCAUGCGGCCAAACUACAGCGACUCUCUCAAAUCCACAUACAGCAGCAGGAACAGCGUCAAGAUCUCACCGACAGUGUCAAGACACUCCUCGAAGACUACAACAAAAUGACCCUGCUUCUCUCCAAGCAGUUUGUCCAGUGGAAUGAAAUACUGACGCAACUGGAAACGGCCAAGGAAGCGAAACCGGCGGCAGAGUGAUGGCGGAGCCAGCAGUGCAGAGAACCCUGGUGG